AUGCAGUGGCCGAGCGUGUACCAGGAGAGAUCGGGGACGAUGACGAGGGAGAAGCGCGGGCUAGAACCGAUCAGUGGGGAUGGCAUGGCUCAGGAGCCGAAGCGGCAGAAGGUUCCCGGCCUUGCCAGGUUUCUCUCCGCUUUUUAUACUUUUUAUACUUUUUAGACCAUUUUCCUCUCUCUCUCUUAGUUGUUUUAUUUUUGUUUGACCGUCAAUUCUGUAAGAUAUUUUUUUCCUACUGUCCUUCUCAAAACUCGUGGUUUCCUAAUUCUGUUCAUCACAGAUCGACUAAGAUCGCGAAAGCUGACAUUGAGAGCCGUUUAGGGCUUGACAGUAAUUGUGCUCUCUUUACUCAGUUUCCGGCCGUGCAGCUUCCGGCGUUGAGUGAGAGCAGAGCCACUGGGACCGGAUGGAGAUAGGAGGGCCUAGGUUUUCAUGAUAAUUACACUCCACACCAAUCAAUAGUGCUUCUUAUAUGUGAAAUGGCCCCGUUGGUUAUCUGAGAAGUUGAUCAUUGCUCCUGGGAGCCUUAGUAAAUGGAACCUCUCCAAUCGGACAGGAAUGUUGUAUUUGUUAGUUUGUCAUUUGGUAGGGGGGAAGCUGUUGCAUACCUUGUGAUUAUGGCGCGGAUACAGUUUUAUCCCUGUUUGCAAUUGCAUGCAGUCAACUUUAAUGAUGUAUCUCCAUUGACACAGGCGUCUUAAGCCAAGCGAAUGUGCUGUGUAAAAGCUUCGGGAUGAAUUAGAUGGGCUAUAAUCCGAGGUCACGGAUAAUUUGGUGUAAUUUUUUUUGGGAAUCAGUUCUGUAUUUCUGAAUAAAGACUUGGGGUUUCUUAUCAUAGGAUUAUUCUUAAUAGGAUCCUCAUCAGUGGGAAUGAUUUUGUGCCCUUAUGCCUUAUAUUUCAACAUUUUUCCGAUCUGAUUUGUGUUAUAUCGUCUAGACUUUACUUGACCUCCCUCCCUCCCUCCCUCUCUCUCUCUCUCUCUCUCCCUCUUUGUCGUGGGUUUUGGCUGAAUUUCCACUAGAAUACAGUUAGGCUUUACGUUUGCAUUUCUUAAUCUUGUUUUGAAUCUGCAGAAAUCGUCAGGUCAAGAAAGCCAGCGGUAGUGUGUGUCAUUAUGCUGGUUUUUUUUUUUUACCAGCAUUGGGCUCUUUUGUUUUCCGUGGUGCUACAAGGUUUACUUUCCCCAGAUGGGCAGUUUUAAUUGCUACUAGUCCUUUACAGUAACAAGGUCCUGCAUUUAUAUACUUUUAUGAAUACAAUUAUGAGUAUAUUUUUAUGAAUAAAAAGGAAUUUCAUUUUCAAUGUCAAAAGUGUUUUUUUUUGGGGGGGGGUUUUGGUUGCUUUCUUCGUUCUUAUGAGUCUGUUCAUUACUUUUUGUUUACCUACUUCACUUGCCAAUAUUGAGUUAUUUGCCCUUUUCAGUGUCAUUGUGGAAGCUCUCAAGGUGGAUAGCCUACAAAAGCUCUGCUCAUCAUUGGAGCCUGUUCUCCGCCGAGUGGUAAGCCAUUGCUGACUUUGAACAGAUUACGAUUACGCCAUUAAGCCAUCUUUACAGUUUCUAGCGAUAUGGUUUUGACUCUCGCUCUCUCUCUCUCUCUCUCUCUCUCUCUGCCCCCCUCCCCCUCCUUUGAAGUACUAACUACAAGGUUAAAUCUAUGCUUCUGGUGAUUUUAUCUUUUUCUGGGGCUGACUUAACUGGUAGAAUGCCGGCACCAAUUUUCUGCUAGUUUCACGUUGCAACUUAUUUUGUUAUAACGCUCAUCUUAAUUAGCUCCUCGUUCUUAAACAGGUUAGCGAAGAAGUUGAGCGUGCUAUCGCAAAGUUGGGUCCUGCUAGACUGAAUGGAAGGUGAGAUUUUGAUGGCCUCAUUUAGAAUUUUGAGAACCAACGCCAGGAAGGACAUGGAACAAGUUUGUGCUUUCUUCGUCAUCAAGAACACAUGUCUGAUAUUCUCAUUGGCAUCGUUUUUUCGCCCAAAUCUCAUCAUUUGAUACUUUGGUUUGUCUUCACUUCCAUAUCAAAUUAAUAAUUUUUAUCUGCAUGGGAAGGUUUCAUUCUGGUUUUGUAUCCCUUUGACGUCUCCAGAGGCAGAAUGAGCUUUCUACUGCUGACUCGAUUUUUCAAUCUGAGAGCUGUAUCAUGCUUCAGCCUCUUCAUGUCCCUCUCUUCUAACACAUGGAAGAUCCAGGUCUUCCCCCAAGAGGAUUGAAGGGCCUGGCGGAAGAAACCUGCAGCUGCAUUUCAAGUCAAACCUGUCUCUGCCCCUGUUCACUGGGGGGAAGGUGGAAGGAGAGCAGGGCGCCGCAAUCCAUGUCGUCCUUGUUGACGCAGACACAGGCCUUGCCAUCACGACGGGGCCGGAGUCCUUGGUGAAGUUGGAUGUUGUGGUGCUUGAGGGGGACUUCAACAGAGAAGAGGACGAGGACUGGACAGAAGAAGACUUUGAGAACCACAUCGUCAAAGAGCGAGAAGGGAAGGGGCCGCUCCUGACUGGAGACCUCCAGGUCUCCCUCAAAGGCGGCGUGGGGACCCUCGGAGACCUCACCUUCACCGACAAUUCCAGUUGGAUACGCAGCAGGAAAUUCAGGCUGGGCCUGAAGCUCUCUCCGGGCUCCUGCGAGGCCGUUCGCAUCCGUGAGGCAAGAACUGAUGCAUUUGCCGUCAAGGAUCACAGAGGAGAAUGUAAGUCGUCAUGAUCGCCAUUCCAUUCAAGUGAUCACACCAUCUUCAAGUGAUCAUUCCAGUCAAGCUUUCUCCUCAUUGCAGUGUACAAGAAGCACUACCCACCUGCGCUGCAAGACGAGGUCUGGAGAUUGGAGAAAGUCGGGAAAGAUGGGUCCUUCCACAAGAGGCUGAACAGGAACAACAUCCUCACGGUGGAGGAUUUCCUCCGCUACGUUGUCAGAGAUCCUCAGAAGCUGCGCAAUGUAAUGCUGCCAUUUCUGAGCCAUCCUCUCCUUCGCACGGUCUGCUGCUAUCUCUGCUUCGCCUUAUAAUCCGUGGGCUGGCUGCAGAUCCUUGGGAGCGGCAUGUCCAAUAAGAUGUGGGAAAGCCUCGUGGAGCAUGCCAAGACCUGCGUCUUGAGCGGGAAGCUCUACGUCUACUACUCCGACGACACGAGGACCGUUGGCGCCACAUUCAACAACAUAUAUGAGUUCUGUGGGCUCAUCGCCGGCGGGCAGUACUACUCCGCAGACAGCCUCUCCGACACUCAAAAGGUCGGUCCCAUGAACUGAAAAAUCAGCCAUUUAUUUCUGCUAGAUGACGUGAUUACAGACUUUAUUCAUUCUUUAUGAGAAGCGUGCCCUGAAGAUCUCAGCCCAGAGAUUCAUUCUCACACAAAAAUAGAAAAAAAAACGCAUGAACAUCUUAUCGCUGCUCGAUUUCCCUUGUGCUCUUUAGGUUUUCGCCGACGGGCUUAUGAAGAAGGUGUAUGAUAAUUGGGUAGACGUGGUGGAGUAUGACGGGAAGGCUCUUCUAAGCGCCGAGCACAACAGCAGGGGGAGCUCCUUCCAGGCUGCUCUACCUCCUCCGGCGGAUUACUCGGCUUACGACCAGCAGGCUCCUCUGCCCGGCUUCCAAGUUCUUGCUUCUGCUGGGCACGCUCCCCUUGAGGGAGGACUGGCUGUUGGAGGUAGCUGUUUCUUCAACCUCUGCCAUUUCUUUUUAUCCGAAUAAUUAAAAUACAUGGAUAAAAGUGUGUUGAUGGGGUUUGGUCAACGAUUGGCUGUCGCAGGUAGCUUUUUCUACGCUUGUUGCAUUUUUAAAAUUUUUUUUGAUGAAUAAUUACUUGGUUCAAUGGAAAUAUUUAUGGGUUUCUGGCAACUAAAUAGAUGAAAUUGUGUCAAUGGGGGGUUUGACCAUGGCUGGCUGUCGGAAGUAGCCAUUUCUUCAACCCUCCUGAUUUAUUUAUUGUAAUGAAUAAUUGCUUGAAUCGACAUAAAUAUUUAAGAUUUUUAUCCGUAGACUUGGAUAAAAGUAUGUCGGUAGGGUUUGAUCGAGGACUGGCUGUUGGGGGUAGAAAUAUUUAUGAUUUUUAGACAAUCAAAUCUAUAAAAGUUUGUCUAUAAGGUUUGACCUGGAAGCAUGACGCCUCUCUCUCUCUCUCUCUCUCUCUCUCUCUCUAUUCCAUCAGGUCAGGGUUAGGGCUUCUUGUCGGUUUUGUCCGCUGAUUUGAUGGUGUCUUACCUGUUCGAGCAUCUUGAUUUGUCAUCUUGACAGAAGAUCUUGGUUUCUGUCAGGAACAGCUUCCAGCACUUACAGCGUUGGCAGAAUGGGAAGAUAUCCAUCUCACCUGAGGCAGCCCCUCUCUGGCCCCGCCAUUGACCCCGCCGCUGACCGAGUCCACCUGCCGCCGACGACCUACACGGGGGCCGGAUUGGGGCCGGAUCUCGGCUCCUUUGAUGACUGGUCCUCGAGUCAUCUGUUCUCCGAGGAGGAGAUCCGAAUGAGGAGCCAUGAGAUGCUGGAGAACGAGGACAUGCAGCACCUCCUCCGGACCUUCACCAUGGGCGGCGGCGCCUCGGUCAACUCCCUCGACGACUACGGGUACGCGUGCCCUCCCUACAGGCCCUCGUUGACCCCGGGCUUUGACCUCGGGGAGGGUCAGAGCCGGCCGCCAGGGAAGGCGAUGGUCGGAUGGCUCAAGAUCAAGGCGGCCAUGAGGUGGGGGAUCUUCAUCAGGAAGAAGGCGGCUGAGAGGAGAGCUCAGCUCGUUGACCUGGACGACUGA